AUGAUGGGUGCUGAAGAAGAACUCCCAAUACAAGACGAUGAAGUUCAAGACAGUCAGCAGCCCAAGAAUGGGAUUUUGAGCUCUGUUUUGGCUCCAAUCUACUGGUUAAGAAUGCUCGCAAAGGAAUUGCAUUGGAGUUUUGUGUUUGGGGUAGUAAUUGUGUACGGAAUGAGCCAAGGACUUGGUGGUUCUCUUUCGAGGGUGGGCACAGAGUAUUAUAUGAAGGAUGUACAGAAAGUGCAGCCUUCUGAGGCUCAGGUUUACACAGGGAUCACUUCUAUACCAUGGAUAGUGAAGCCGAUAUGGGGCCUUCUAACCGAUGUUGUCCCGAUUGCUGGGUAUUAUCGGAGGCCUUAUUUCGUGUUUGCUGGUUCCCUUGGGGUCAUUGCAAUGCUUUUUAUAUCACUUCAUAAGGGUCUCCAUAUAGUGCUGGCGUUACUUGCGCUAACAUCAGCAAGUGCCAGCGUGGCAAUUGCUGACGUCACAGUCGAUGCAUGUGUGGCACAGAAAAGCGGCGUUCAUUCUGCAUUAGCAGCCGACAUGCAGAGCCUGUGUGCUUUGAGCUCGUCAAUUGGGUCGCUCGUGGGAUUUGCCAUCAGUGGUAUCUUAGUUUACUUAAUUGGUCCCCAGGGUGUGUAUGGCUUGUUGACUAUACCAGCCGGGCUCGUGUUGAUAGUUGGUGUUUUGCUCAAGGAGCCUCGGGCAUCCAGCUUUGCUUAUGGACAGAUCAACCAGAGGUUUUUAAAUGCCGGUAAAGCUAUGUGGAAGACAUUGAAAUGCCCGGAAGUGUGGAGACCGUGUUUGUACAUGUACUUGUCAUUUUCUUUGAAUCUAAACAUCUCUGAAGGGAUGUUCUAUUGGGCGACAGAUUCCAAAACCGGACCCAUGUUUUCUAAGGAAAUAAUCGGCUACAUUAUGGCAGUGGGCUCCAUAGGCUCCCUCCUUGGGGCCAUCCUGUACCAAUACGGGCUCAAGGACUACCCUUUCCGGGACCUUCUUCUGUGGGCCCAGGUGCUUUCGUGCCUUUCAGGUCUGCUCGACCUUGCGCUCGUCCUCCGUUGGAACCUGAGGCUAGGCAUACCGGAUCAGUUCUUCGUGGUUGUCGAUUCGAUCGUGUCCCAGCUGAUCGGCCGCCUCAAGUGGAUGCCACUGCUCGUCUUGAGCUCCAAGCUUUGCCCGCCUGGCAUCGAGGGCACGUUUUUCGCCCUCCUAAUGUCGAUCGACAAUUCGGGCCUGCUGACCUCGUCGUGGUUGGGAGGGCUGCUGCUGCACGUGCUGGGUGUGACGAGGAUAAAGUUUGGUAAUCUUUGGGUGGCGGUUUUGGUGAGGAACUUGAUGAGGGUUAGCCCGCUUUUUUUCCUGUUUUUGGUCCCGAGGGUGGAGCCUGGCAUCCCGGUUAUCGAGGCAGACGAGGAUAUCGAGCUUGAGGCGCUCGUCGAGAGUAGGAAAGGGUUGGGUUCUGUGAAGUGA